GGCGUUAACCAUGAGGAGGUAGUGGCAACAUGGCGUCUCUGGAUCGGGUGAAGGUACUAGUGUUGGGAGACUCAGGUGUCGGGAAAUCCUCACUAGUCCAUCUUUUAUGCCAGAAUCAAGUGCUGGGAAAUCCUUCGUGGACCGUGGGCUGUUCAGUGGAUGUCAGAGUUCAUGACUACAAAGAAGGAACCCCAGAAGAAAAGACCUAUUAUAUAGAAUUAUGGGAUGUUGGAGGCUCUGUGGGCAGUGCCAGCAGUGUGAAAAGCACGAGAGCAGUGUUUUACAACUCUGUAAAUGGGAUAAUUUUAGUCCAUGACUUAACAAAUAAAAAGUCAUCUCAAAACUUGUAUCGUUGGUCCAUGGAAGCUCUUAAUAGGGAUUUGGUGCUGACUGGAGUCUUGGUGACAAAUGGGGAUUAUGACCGGGAGCAAUUUGCUGAUAACCAAAUGCCACUGUUAAUAAUAGGGACUAAACUCGACCAGAUUCAUGAAACCAAACGCCAUGAAGUUUUAACUAGGACUGCUUUCCUGGCUGAGGAUUUCAAUGCAGAAGAGAUUAAUUUGGAUUGCACAAAUCCACGGUACUUAGCUGCAGGUUCUUCCAAUGCUGUCAAGAUCAGUAGGUUUUUUGAUAAGGUCAUAGAGAAGCGAUACUUUUUAAGAGAAGGUAAUCAGAUUCCAGGCUUUCCUGAUAGAAAAAGGUUUGGAGGAACGUUAAAGAGCCUUCAUUAUGACUGAAUUGCAGUCAUCCUUUGGAAGAGUAAGCAGGCAGUUUUCGCAGCUUUCCUCUUGCUGUGUCAUUUAUGAACAUCACAGACUUCUGACAAAACCCUCUGAAAACACAACCCUUCAGCCUCACACAUUAAUAGAAAAAUGAAAGUAGGUGACAACGUGGAAGGUCCAAACUGUGUCCCUCUUCUCAGUGUUCUUCACCUUUCUGUCCCUGUUUACUGAUUAUGUAAAAGCCUAUGGAAAUGUGAGUAUUGUAUUGUCAGAAUGCCGCAGUAAAUGAGCAGUGUGACCAAGUACUGCAGAAAUUUGUCUCUAAGAACUUCCUCUUGCCUGGAACUGGAGUAUUUUUAUGCGUGUAUAAUUUUCCCUACACUCAUUUCUGAAAGCUUUUAAUUAAGUACUUCAAAAAACUUUCUGUUGUUUUACCUUCUUAAGGGGAAAGCUUAUAUAAACCAGCCCUGAAUUGUCCACCCCAAACAGUCUCUCAUUUUCAAAGCAACCAAAUGGUGUUAUUUAAUUGUCUGUUCCCUCAUCACGCAUAGGAAUGCCUAAGAAUAGCAACCCUUGUCUCCCUCUUCUCUUCUUUGCAAAUGUCUUGGUGGCUGGAGAGGCAGACUAAUAGCUGGAGUUAAAUAUAAUUUCUGAUUAAUAAUAUAUAAAGAACCAUACCAGAAAAGAAUUUGGUGAGAAAUUGACAGCUCCAUCACUCUUUAGGUUGCAGCUAUCUGCAGUCUCUUACAGUUUUCUGUUUGGAAAAAGCUAAAGUGAGAUCUAAGACCUACACAAGGACAGUGAAAGAUUUACAGCUUCUUGAUGUUUAUUUUUAAAAGAAAAUUGAACCUCUAAAAUGUUCCUUAACUGUAGUCAGUAAGCUAAGAAUAUUAUCCUUGUGUCAAUAAUGUAUUUAUGGAGAAAAGUAAAAAUAAGUUCCAUAGCAACAAAUUUACAUGAAUUAUGAGCUAAGAUUCUUGGAUUUCAUAAUCACUUCAAAGCUUUUUGGGAAUGGGGUAUGUGUGUGUGUACAUUCAUAAUUGUUUGUCGGAAACUUUUUUUUUAGCCCAUCUUUUUUCCUUAAUUCUCUCUGGUCCAGUUCUUACUUAGUAUAUAAAAUUGGUUUCAAAAGACUAAUUUGCUGCCUUAUUUGACACUUUAUCAUCUAUAUUCUCUCUGCAGAAGAUCUUUGCCUUUUUUAUUUUACUCCAUAUUAAAAUAAUAACAAUAAAUACACAGUUUUAGUUCUUAUGUUAAAACUAGGAAAAAAACACUAAAUUCAUUUUCUUUUCCAUUUUAAUUCAAAUUUGGAAAUCAAGAUAAGGAAAGGGGACAAGAAAAAAAGUAUAGAAGGAAAAAUGGAAACAAGCUUUUGUAAAUAACAAGGGGA